CAUCCCGGAUUCCCAAAGACGAAUAUUCAUCAUGAAGGUUGUGCUGGUUCUCGCUCUGGCGGCCUGUGCUGCUGCCAUGCCCUCUCCUCACCCCGGCUUCGUCUACUCCUACGGCCAUCCAUACGUCCACUCCUCCUACCCCGUCGUUAACUCUGCCAAGGCACAUACCCCUGCCAGCACCGUGCCCCUCGUCUACCCCUACGGUCACAAUCUCCCCCAAACCUACACCUACCCCCACACUUUCCCCCACACCUUCUCCAACACCUUCCCCUACAGCUUCCCUUACACUUACCCCUUCAUGGUCAAGGCCGACGAGGCCGUCGAGGAGGAACCUAUGACUGAGGAGGAAGCUGCAGGCAUGGAAGAGCUUAUGGCUAAUGGAGGAGGAGCUAAUGGCUGA